GUUGGCUUUCUAGUGGAGAGGUUGUGGAGACAUGUUGUUAAGACCUCAAAGUCAGCAAACAGAAAGUGCAGCGAAAAGCAGAUAAAAGACUUCUAAUAUUUUAAGUUGGUAUACUAUAAUCUAUACCUCGUCCCAGCUUUGGUGGAGUGAAGAUUGCGAGAACCUUGUGAUUGGAUGGGGUAGAGCUGUCAAUCACGUGACGCGGUACCGGUCGGAGCGUGAGUGAUGAGCGCUGGAAACAACGGGAGCUUUGACAUCGAUACCCAGAAAAAGAUUUUAGUGGAAAUGGAACCUUUACCAGAUGCACAAAAACUAGCUACAGAAGUUGAAAACAUUCUUGUUAAUUAUUACAACAUUGGAAAUGAUGAGUGGAGAAUUGCAAAGAAAACGAAAGAUGUAACUAUUUGGCGGAAACCCUCGGAAGAAUUUGGGGGAUUUCUCUACAAAACUCAAGGAAUGGUGAAAGAGGUUCCCAACAGAAUAGUGGAUUUCAUUCGACCUGGCCCAUAUAGAUUAGACUGGGACAGUCUGAUGACCUCUUUGGACAUCGUUGGGAAAUUUGAACAGCAGGGUUGUUGUUUGAUGCAUUACACUACAGCAGGACAAUUAUGGAAUGUGAUUGCCCCAAGAGAAUUCAUUGACUUCUCCUAUACCACAGAUUACCAGGAUGGGCUGCUGACUUGUGGAGUCAGUGUUGAAUAUGGGGAGAGACAAGAGAGGUUUGUUCGUGGAUUUAAUCACCCAUGUGGAUGGUUUUGCAUUCCUAUGAAGAGUGACUCUGACCACAGCCUCUUAACUGGUUUCAUUCAGACUGACCUACGUGGAAUGCUGCCACAAACAUUGGUGGAUUCUGCAAUGGGAAAUUCAUUAGUCAAUUUCUAUAAUGACCUCCGGAAGGCUUUACAAACUUAAGCUUUACUUAAGAUUUUAAAAAUACUUAUUUUCUAAUUAUUUAUGCAAUCAUCCUACUAUGUUACAGAGCUCAGGUUGGUAAUAAGUGCAAUAUUUGUUGGCAGUGGCCAGUCUUAUUGCGUUUCCUCAUUUAAUGUUUGAGCUGUAUGUACAAAUAAAAUAAUACAACUUCAAUGGAGCCAUUAGAAAUAUUUACGGGUAAUAGAUUUUAACUUUAAACUUGAUAUUCUGCAUUCAAAUAUCAUAAUCUGUUGAAAAAUUUAACUAUGGUAGUUUUAACAAAUCAGGAAGAUUUGUUUAGAUUGCAGAUUGAAGACUGAAUGUUUCCAUAAGGUACAGUUCUAGAACAUUUAUAAAAAUGGCACAAUAUGGUUUUAUUUGGAGCCAAUGGGAGCAUAUUUUUAAUGAAUGGACUAUAUCUUGCAAAUUCCAUGUGUAAAUAUAAUUCUCAUACUUUUGGUGAAAAUGUGCAUAUAAACACUGUACAAUUCCUGCGAUUGUAUGUAAAGCAUCGACUUAACUAGUUGAUUUCCCUGGUGGCUUUAAGCUUCUAAAUCAGAUCCACUUCUGGAAGAGGUGGGGUUUUGGAUUCUGGCACAAAGUCAGAAAGAAGUUUGGGUAUCCUACUUUGAAAUUGUAGGAGAGGAUACCCAAGGAAAGAAAUGGAUCACUGGCAAACCCCACCUCCAUCAAAUACUCAGCUUAGAAAACAUCUGCAAAAUGCUGAGAAAUCUGAUCCAUUGGUAUCGGUGUUAAUUUAUCUGGCAGACUCUUCAUUAUGACUGGGAACACAUAAGUGGAGAGUUUUUUUUUGAAGUUCAAGUUUAAAGUAAAUUUAUUAUCAAAGUACAUACCGUAUGUGUCACCAUAUGCAACCCAGAAAUUCUUUUUCCUGUGGGCAUAGUAAGUCCAAUUACCAUAAUAGAAUCAAAGAAAAACUGCACUGCUGAAAUGACAAACUGUGCAGAUAUAAAAAAUAAUUAAAAUAAUAAAGAUUGAGAAUGUGAGAUGAUGAGUCCUUGAAAGUCAGUCCAUAGGUUGAGAGAACAGUUCAGUGCUGGGGCAAGUGAAGUUGUCCCCUCUGGUUCAAGUGUGUGAUGGUUGAAAGGUAAUAAUUGUUCUUGAACCUGCUGGUAUGAGCCUUGAUAUUCCUGUACCAUGUUCUGAUGGCAGAUUUGGGAAGAAACAUAGCCUGAGUGGUGGUAUCCUCGAUGCUAGACGCUGCUUUUCUGUGACAGUGCUCUGUGUAGGUGUGCUCAGUGGUGGGGAGAGCUCCACCAUGUGGUCUGGGCUGUAUUCACUAUUUUUUAAUAUAGAUUUUUCUGUUCAAGGACAUUGCUGAUUCCAUAACAGGUUGAUGUAGCCAGUCAAUAUACUCUUCACCACACUUCUAUAAAAAUUUGACAGUUUUAGAUGUCAUGCUGAAUUUUUGCAAGCUUCUAAGACAUACUGCCGUGCCUUCUUUGUAAUUACACUUAUGGGCCGGUCCCAGGGCAGGUCCUCUGAAAUGAUAACACCAAGAAAUUUAAAGUUGCUGAUCCUCUCUGCCACUGAGAACUGGCUCACAGACCUCUGGUUUCCUGCUGAAGGAGUUUAAAUUUUUUUGUUAUUCACAGUCUAGUGCUAUAAUGAUGACAUCAAAUGUGUGUUAAAUGAAGAGCAUUUUGAAUUAUAUUUGAAGAAAUAAGUGGGUAAUGAUUAAUGCCUUUGGUUACUUCUGCAAGGGCUUCCAGAUUUGAUUUCUAGAAGUUUCAGAAUAUUUAUUUCUUCCCACAUUUGAGAACUUACAAAUUUUAUUUAAGCACAAGCAAGUAUUCUGAGUGAAAAACAGACUACUGGAGGAGCUCAGUGGAUUAGGCAGCAUCCUUGGAGGAAAAGUCAACAUUUCAGCUUGAGACUACAGAAAGAUUGUCAGUAUAGUAAAAGUUGCAAAUAUUUUGCUCUAGAUAAUUCUAUUUCUAGGUUUUGAAUUGGAAGAAAUAUACCAAUACCUGACUAUAGGCAAGGAAGAGUAGAACUACGCAACAGGUUGGUUCAUUUCCAAAAUGAAGAUUUGACUAUUGCUUUGCUUGUUUUUUUGCAAUUUUCCUUGUAUUUCAGUGUUUAGGACUAAUGCAUGUUGACAAGAUUGUUUUUUAAAGAAUAUGUAUUUAACAUAGGUUCUAUAAAUUAUUACUACAAAAAGAAAUUGACCAUAUUCUCAGGAGUUAAUUGUAAAUGUAAACAUUAUUGCAUAAAGCUCUUCUGUGCAGUGUGUAAUGUUUUGUGCACUACCCAAGGAAUUAAAUCUGUAAACAUGAACAGUU